CGGGUAACAAUGGCUCACGAAGAAGACAUCGUCAUCUCUGGCUUCUCGGCUUACUUUCCACAAGCCAAUCACCUGGUAGAGUUCAAGGAGAAGCUGUACUCGGGUGUCGACAUGAUCACUGAGGACGACUUGCGUUGGCCUCCUGGGUAUAUGGGCUUGCCACGACGCCACGGGAAGAUCCGAGAUCUGUCCCGCUUUGACGCGCAGUUCUUCAAGACACACGCAAGGCAGGCGCGCGUUAUGGAUCCACAGUUGCGAAUGUUGUUGGAGACGUCGUACGAGGCCAUUGUGGAUGCCGGCUACGACCCCGAUACCCUGCGCAAACGCAAGAUUGGUGUCUUCAUUGGAAAUUCAAGUGCGGAGUCAGCCGACGCGUACCGAAAGGACGAGAAGAAGAUGGAUGGCUACUUCCUGCUCGGUUUCUCCAGAGCCAUGUUCUCUAACAGAAUUUCUUACUCGCUCGACGUGCAAGGUCCGAGCAUGACGAUCGACACUGCGUGUUCCUCGGCGAUGGUGGCUCUGAACGAGGCCGUACUCGCAAUCCGUUCGGGACGCUGCGAGGCGGUUAUCGUGGGAGGGGCGAAUCUCAACUUGGAUCCGCACAUUGCGCUGAACUUCAGAAACCUGGGUGUGCUCUCGGACGACGGAAAGUGCAAGGCUUUUGACUCAAGUGCCGAUGGCUACGUUCGAAGUGAAGCUAUUGGCUGCAUGUUUCUGCAAAGGAUUUCUGUCGCCCGCCGUGUGUACGCCAAGGUAAUCAACGUCAAUGUCAAUACAGAUGGUUACAAGCCCGAAGGUAUACCAUUCCCGUCGACCACCGCACACGAGGAGCUUCUGCGUGCCACAUACGCAGAGGCUAACGUCGACCCACGGAAUGUAGAGUACAUCGAGGCCCACGGUACAGGAACAAAGGUUGGAGGUCCUCAAGAGUUGGACGCCAUCAGCAACGCCCUCUGUCCACCGGGACGCGAGGCGCCUCUCAAAAUCGGAUCAGUGAAGACAAAUAUGGGGCAUGCAGAGUGUGCUUGUGGUAUAACAUCGGUCGCAAAAGUAAUCCUCGCAAUGGAGAGUGGCACCAUAGCAGCCAACCUACAUUUCAAGGAACCUAGGCCGGACAUCCCCUCAUUGCAUGAUGGCCGUCUCGAGGUGGUUGACAGGCCAACGCCAUUCAAUGGCGGUUUGGUAGGCAUCAGCUCGCAAGGCAUCGGUGGUACAAACGCCCAUGGAAUCUUCGAGCCCUAUCAAGGCCCGCACGUUGACUGCCUUCCACGUGAGAGGCCGGACAUCCCAAGGCUUGUUCUCAUGGCCGGUAGAAACAAUGAGUCUCUGCUGCGCACUCUGGAUCGACUAGUCGCUGAAGGACCGUAUCCGGACUCCGCCUACGCCCUGCUGAAUCGGGUCGGACAGCCAAGUGUAAAGCAGUUUCCGUGUCGAGGCUUUGUCAUCGUUCCCGUAGACAAUGCAGGAAGAGAUGCUGUUAAAACUGUCCAGGAGGUGCCAUCGGAAAAACGACCCCUAUGGUUCGUGUUCACGGGCAUGGGGUGCCAUUGGAACGGGAUGGCGAGGCAUAUGAUGCAAUUCGACCUUUUCGCCAACUCCAUCCGCAAGUCCCACACACUGCUCAUAGAUAGAUUUGGCAUUGACCUGAUCGACCUGGUGACCAGCGACGAGCCACGAAGCAAGACUAUGGCAUCACCUUUCGUCGCCAUUACGGCCAUUCAAGUUGCCUUGGUGGACGUGCUACAUGCUUUAGGCGUCAAACCAGACGGAAUAGUGGGACACUCACUAGGCGAGGUUGGCUGCGCGUAUGCCGAUGGAGGCUUGACGGCCGAGCAGGCAGUGCUGUCUGCCUAUUGGCGAGGCCGCUGCACAGAACAGAGCAAUCCGCCCAAAGGCUCUAUGGCCGUAGUAGGACUUACAUGGGAUGAAGUGGAGAGGCGGUGUCCCCCUGGCGUGUAUCCUGCCUGCCACAACGCGGAAGAUUCCGUGACAGUGUCUGGUCCCGCCGAAGCCGUGGCAGAGAUGGCUGCGCAACUUGAAGCCGAGAACUGCUUCGUCCGCAUUGUGAACAGCUUGGAUGUGGCUUUCCACAGCAAGCAUGUUGAAUACAUCGGACCUAGCCUUCAGGAAAUGCUGAACAAGGUCAUACCACAGCCUAAACCACGUAGCAAGCGCUGGAUCAGCUCAUCCAUAGAGGAAAGCCGUUGGCAUGAACCUUCCUCGCAACUCUGCUCUGCCGAAUACCACACCAAGAACUUCCUAAAUCCUGUUCUUUUCAGAGAAGCUCUCAUGCAUGUACCUAAGAAUGCCAUCUUGUUGGAAAUCGGACCGCACUGCCUCCUUCAGGCGAUCCUGCGACGAGCUGUAGGCCUUGAAGCCAGCUGCCUGGGCCUCAUGAAGCGCCACAUGGAUACCCUGGAGUAUUUCCUGGGCUCGCUGGGCAAACUCCACACUCUUGGAAUCCAGAUGGACUUGUCGUUGCUGUACCCUCCGGUUCCGUGGCCCGUGCCUCGCGGCACUCCAAACAUUGCACACUUGGUUAGUUGGGACCACUCGCAGAGCUGGACUGUGGCCGAAUGGAAAGACUUCUCUUCCACGACACAGGCCUUUGAAGAGAUUAUCGAGGUUGACUUCGAUGCAGACAGCGCUGACAACUACCUCCUUGGUCACCAGCCCGAUGGUCGAGUGAUCUUUCCUGCCACUGCCUUCAUGGUUCUCGUUUGGAAAUGCCUCGCGAAGCGCAUUGGGAAGCCCUUGAACGAGGUGCCGGUGAUCUUUGAGCACGUUAGAAUGCAGCGCGUCACAAUUGUCCCCCAAAAAGGCUCUCUCAAAAUGCAGGUCACAUUGAUGCCGAUGUCUGGAGAGUUUGAAGUUUGUGAGUCCCGAGCUGUUGUGGCUAAAGGACGCAUCCGCAUGGCCCAGGAAGGCGAGACGGUACUGCUCAAGGAACCUCCAGGCACCUCAGGGGAGACCAUUGCUUACGAUAUGGGCUCUGCCGACGUCUACAAAGAACUCAGGCUCCGCGGAUACGAGUUCUAUGGAGCCUUCCGGGGUGUCCUGAAGGGUAACUCGAAAAAACCUUGCACCAGGCUGAAAUGGAAGAACAACUGGGUGACCUUCCUGGAUGCACUCAUGCACUUCGGUUCCAUCUGGAAUCCACAAAGGACAUUUGAAUUGCCUGUCACUAUACAGUCGUGUCGUAUUGACCCCAAGGUGCAGGCAGACAUGACAGAGGCUGUUGGAGAAAAGGGUGUGGACGCCGUCUAUUGCCCGUAUCUCAACAUGCGCCGUGCUGCAGGCGUCGAAGUAGAAGGCCUAAAACUUGUCAGCGUACCGCGGCGGCCUAUCCAGCAGGUUCCAGUCUUGGAAGAGUACUGCUUCGUGCCUUACCAGGACAAUGAAGUCGCAAGACGGGAACGGGAGAACAUGGUGCGAGAAUACGCUGACAUUUGUCGUGGCAUCAUGCUGCGCACCCUCCAACCUUGUGAAGAAUACGAGAAAUUCAGCCGAAUAAUCAAGGGAGGCCGUGAGCUGCCAGAUGAACUUUUGGAUCGGCACGCUAAGAAUACUGCAUCAAACUCUGGCUUGUUAGAGCUACUCCUCAACAUGCGUAACCAAGUCAAUGGAUCUGCGACACUGGCUGAAAAUGUUAAAUCAGCUAUAUUGACCUCGAGAAAAGUUCUUGAGCAGGACUUACUUAACACUAGCAUCCUAGCAGGUGACCCCUUGAGAUACCUGCUUGACAUAGUGGUGGAAAAUACAAGCUUCAAAAAACUCCAUGUGCUAGAGGUGGCGGUCGACGAAAAUGUCACACUCAUGACUCCAUGGGUGUGCGCUUUACUAUCCUUGCACGAUGCCUAUCGAAAGACAGCGUACACCAUCACUCACCCAAAUCCAGACAUCCUUUCUUCUGACCAAGUCCCCAAAGGCGCAGCAGUGCUUGCUCGGGACCGUUCUCUCUCGGGAGAAAAGUUGCCCGAGACUGACUUGGUGUUAGCUUCCUGCGGCAUUAUGACCAGUUCUGAUGAUCUGUUUCCAUUGGCUAAAGAAAUGUACUCCCAUUGCAAGGCAGAAGGUUUCGUUCUCGUUUCCCACCGGACAACAUUGACAGCGGCCGAAGUAGUUCUAUCGAAAGUCAGCGGAGUUCCUUUUCAAGUUUAUUCAGAAGAUGCAACAAGAGCAAUGUUCAAAGCUUGCGGAUUUCGGCUAGUGGGACUGAAAUCCAACAACCUCUUCGUGCUGCUAUUGUUUAAGAAAGUGACAUUAUCCAUCGAUGUCUCAAGGUCGGCGGUUAUCAAGGUGCAGAACAGCAGCUUCAACUGGGUUGAGAUGCUGAAGGAGAAGGUUGCUGAAUGUGUCCACAAACCAACCAGAGAGAACAUCUGGCUGCUCGGCGAAGAUGCCGGUAUCAAUGGCAUCCUGGGUUUAACAAAUUGUCUUCUACAGGAGACUGGCGGACGUCUCAUAAGGUGUGUAUUCGAUGCCACCACGAAUGGUGGGAACAAGGUAGUCGACUUCAGCCCGAGCAACCCUGCGUACAAGGAUAUCAUCGAGAACGACUUAGUGAUGAACGUCUACCGCGACGGACAGUGGGGAUGCUUUCGGUACCGUAGCAUUGAUUCGUCAGAUGGAGAGGCAAAGACUGCCACACAGUUCGCCUAUCUUCACUUCAAGACACGCGGAGACUUGUCAAGCUUGCAAUGGUACGAGUCGCCGUUGCGCUACAUCUCACCCUCUCAGAAGACAACCAUCGGGGAACUGAUGUGUGACGUGUACUACGCCACUGUUAACAUCCGUGACGUCAUGAUUGCCACUGGUAAAGUCAACCAGGAUGACUCCCUAGGUAACAUAGCGGCAAAAAAUUGCGUCCUAGGCACGGAGUUCUCGGGUCGUGACCCAAAGGGACGGCGUGUCAUGGGAAUGGUCGGUGGCAAGUCUAUUGCAACCGUGCUCGUUGCUGACCCUGUCAUGCUGUGGGAAGUUCCCGAAUUAUGGACCCUGAAGGAGGCCGCCACAGUUCCCGUUGCCUACUCGACUGCGUACUACGCACUAGUGGUACAGGGCGACAUGCAAUCCGAAGAGUCAAUCCUGGUGCACUGUGGCGGUGGAGGUGUCGGGCAGGCUGCCAUAGCCUUGGCCCUUUCCAUGGGAUGCACCGUCUUUACCACCGUCGGUUCUGAAAAAGAGAGGGAUUUUCUAAAGGGUCGCUUUCCACAACUGGAGGACAGGCACUUCGCGAGCUCAUGUGACCGGUCAUUUGAAGAACACAUCAAGAUGGAGACGCGUGGCAGAGGUGUGGACUUGGUGCUGAACUCUUUGGUCGGCGACAAGUUGCAGGCCAGCGUGCGGUGCUUGGCCCCGCACGGCCGCUUCCUUGAGACCGGCAAGGGCGACCUGUCCGAGGACGGCGAUCUGGGAACGUCCGCGUUUUUACAGAACGUCAGCUUCCGCGGAGUCAUGGUGGACCACUUGCUGCGCGAUGACCUGGUGACGCGGGUUCACAAGCGUCGUGUCGCAGAACUCGUCCGCAACGGAAUCGCAUCUGGUGUGGUGCAUCCGCUGGAUUUCACCAUGUUUUCCCGAGAUCAGACUGAGGAGGCCUUCCGCUUCGUUGCGUCCGGAAACGAAAUAGCAAAGGCUGUGAUUCAGAUGCGGCAGGAAGAGAGCCAGCUGAGGCCGACUAAGACACCAACUGUGACAUUGGAGGCCGUUGCACGUCCUUGUUUCUACGAGCACAAGUCGUACAUCAUUGUUGGUGGCCUGGGAGGCUUUGGUCUUGAGCUCGCCGAGUGGAUGAUCUCCCGUGGUUGCCGCAAGCUCCUUCUCAUAUCAAGGACAGGGGUCCGGACCGGUUAUCAACGGCUUUGUCUUCACCGGUGGACCAGUCUCGGUGCGGCAGUGCUCGUAAGCAAAAAGGACGUCGCGACGAAUGUAGGUGCCCGAGAAGUUAUCGACAACGCCCUGACCAUGGGACCUGUGGGCGGUAUUUUCAACUUAGCCAUGGUGCUUCACGAUGCCAUUAUCGAGAACCAGUCGGCGGAGACGUUCAAAGAGGUGUGCAAGCCUAAAGUUCUCGUCACACAACUCCUGGACGACAUAUCCCGAGAAAGAUGCCCCUGCUUGGACCACUUUGUCGUCUUCUCUUCUCUCGCUUCGAGCUGGGGAAACGCCGGUCAGACAAACUACGCUUUCGCCAACUCUGCCAUGGAGCGCAUCUGCGAGCGUCGGGUCGAGGACGGACUGCCCGGAUUGGCCAUCCAAUGGGGUGCAAUGGGCGAUGUGGGCGUAUUCCACGAGAACAUGGGUGCCAGCGCUACAGUCGCUGGACUCGAGCAACAGUCAAUAAUGUCCUGCAUGGCGGUGAUGGACACCUUUCUGAGCCAAAGCCAUCCAGUCGUCGCGUCCUACGUCAGAAGCAGCUUGUCUCCGACGGUAGAGAGCAAGCAAAAAGGCAACCUCGUUCAAACAGUCCUAGACAUCCUUGGCAACAAAGACUCAUCGAUGCUGAACCCGAACAUCACCCUCGGCGAGUUGGGUAUUGACUCACUGAUGACUGUCGAAGUGAGGCAGCUGUUGGAGAGAGAUUACGACGUUGUGCUGUCUAUGCAAGAAAUACGGGAGCUUAGUGUGACCCAACUAAACGACAUUAGUGAAGCCUGCACCGACAGAGAAGCCAAGCCGGAAGCCUCCAAUGUGGUGGAAGUAAAGAAUGAAGACAUUUCCACAUCAAACCCUGCAUCCCGCCAUGUAACCCACCCUGUUCCCUUGCACGUCUACCGAAUGCCACGCAGCGGUGUCACUCUACCGGGACACAUCAGGAUGCUAUUAAUCGAGGACGCUGCCACGCAGAGGACAGACCCCAGCGUGGAGCUUUCCCGUCUAGUGUAA